AUGAAAAUCUCGACGGAUCUUUCUUACCAAAAUCUCAAUAAACCAGGGUUGACAUCACUUCCAAUCGAAUUAUUUGAAGAAAUUUGUAAAUGCAUCCCCCCAUCAUCACUUUACUCUCUAACUCUUGUUUGCCAUCGUAUUAGAAAUUUGUUAUGGUCAUCAUCAUCUUCAUUAACGCAACGAAUUUGGAGAAUAUCUCGUCAAAAAUUUCACCCAACGAUUCAUAAAUCCAUAACGUAUCAUUGUACAGAACAAGAAUUUAUUUGGAAAGUUUUGUUACAUAAAAAAUGUCAAUUUUGUGGUAAAAGUUAUUUAUUCAAUAACUUUAAAGAGAUUAUAACUAUCGGAAAGUACUGGCCUUUCCAAGUAAAUAUUUGUGUAUUAUGUGUUAAAGAUAAAACUAAUAUAGAUGAUACUACAGAGUUAUUUCAAAAAGAUUAUCAAAUAUUGUUUUCAAUCGGUUAA